GCUCAUUGUGAUUGAGCAGCAUGAAAAGCAUCAAUAAUGUGGAAAUGUAGGAUGUGAGCAAACAUGCAGAUCAACAGCGUUGGAAAGUACGUGAGCCGGCUCUAAUGAGCUCAGACAUACUUGCAGAGAAGCUCAACUCAAUCAGCACAAAUCAGCUGAGUUGUCCAGACUUUGGAGCCAAGUCACUAGAUGCCUUUACGUGAUCCAUCCCGAAAAGGAGGAUCCACCGUCAAAGGGGUAGUCAUGGGGGAAGAAAGACAGGCAUCCAUGUCCCUGGAGCACAGGAACCGGGGUGGAUUUGACCAUAUGGUCUUGAUCACUCGACUGGGAAUCAUGGUCCUUAUGUGUGUGUUGGUCGCAGCCAUGUCCUUUUCGACCUGGUAUCAGAUGGAUGUCACGGCGCGGCGCAACAUUGAGCGACUGACUGGAGAGAAUCAGGCGCACUCUCUCGACUUCGGUGCAAGGUCUUUCUCAAAGUAUCUGAGCGCGACAACGCAGAUGGCCAGGCAAAUUGCAACGACUAUGGCCCUAUCAUCGACUAUACGGACUGCUAACCUGACAAAGAUCAGCGUGAUUGAGCAGGAGGUCUCUCCUCUCAUCCUGGCAACUCUCCUGUCGUCCCCGAACGCCAGCUUCUGCCGAUUCCAGACUCUAGACGGCCUUGUCAGCGGCUUCCGGCGCUUUGACGACGGCGCCAUCCGGCACUUUUUCGCCAACCGUUCGAGCCCCCCCCCGAGCAGCUCGACCGGGUACUCGACCAUGCCUUUGUUCAUUCAAGACGUGGACCUGUUCGGUAACCCGACCUCCCGGCCGAAACCUGCGGCCCCCGGGGACUUCAGAGAGACGGCACCGUACAGGGAGACUAUGAUCACCGGGAAAAUGGCCUGGGGCCUCGUUUGGGCCUACAAUAGUACCUUAGUCUUCCUGUCUGCUCAAGUGGUCAGGAAUCCGGUUACCAACGUAACCCUCGGAGUCGCGCUGGGGACAUCGACCACCGUCACGCUGACGACUCUCCUCGCGAGCAUCCGGCCACAGCACGCCGGACUCUUGUACGUCUUUGAAGCAGAAAGCGGAAGGCUGAUCUCCAGCUCGGACAUGAGCGGACUCUACAACUCGACGGUCAUCACUUCGGAGUCCUUGAUCGUGCUGGCUGCAAACGCCUCCAACCCGAUCAUGCGCGACUCCGCGCGCUUUCUUGUUGCUGAAGCGGCUGUCGAAGGCUGGCCUGAGCUUGGGGUCACGAGCUUUCAUGAUAACGUGCGAUUGGCUGGGGGCGAGUACUACCUCUCCCAUCUCCAGAUUGUGGUCGAAGCCAGAACACUGGUCACGGUUAUGGCCAUCCCUCGGUCGGUCGUUUGGGACGACAUCGACAGAACUUCCAGCCGUGAGCUGACUAUCAUCAGCGCCACUACGGCCGGGGUUCUCGUCCUGGGUUGCGUGCUGAUUGUGCUGCUAACCUGCCGGGUUAGUCGGGAGAUGCUCCUCCGGGCGGAGCUGAUCAACAGUCUGCAGCUCAAGGAGAAGGCGGAGAAAGCUUCAGACUACAAAAGCCAGUUCCUGGCGGCCAUGAGCCACGACGUGCGGACGCCCCUCUGCUGCAUCAUAGGCUUGCUGGAGGUGCUGCUGGGUGACAGUCGGUUGCAGAACGAGCAGCGCAGCAGUCUGAAGCAGGUCCGGCUCUGCGCGCUGCAGCUGCUGGACCUCCUCAAAUCCAUCCUCGACCUGUCCAAGGUGGAGACCGGCAAGCUGACGUUGGAGACGGGCCCGUUUGAUCUGGGCCAGGAGCUGGAGGCGCUGGUGGACAUGUUCGCGGUGCAGUGCGCCAAAAAGAAUGUCGCUCUAGCUCUCGACCUGGACGACUGCCUGCCGCGCAGGGUCGUCGGGGACUGCGCGCGCGUGCGGCAGAUCCUGGCGAACCUCGUGGGGAACGCCGUGACGUUCACACACGAAGGCCACAUCGUGGUCCGCGCAUAUCUCUCCGGGUCGCAAGGCGCCCCAAGCUCGCCGAAGCCGCUCCCCAAAGUGCUACGCACGUUGGCGCGAACGGUGUCGAGGAAGCUGAGCUUAAACCAGGUCCGCGCGUCGUCCGGCGACGAAGGCCCUCGAGACAGCGGACUAUCCACUUGGAUCGCGGAGUAUGCAAACAAGCUCAAAGCGGUCAUACUGCCCGGCGGGAAGGCGGAGCGGUCGAGAAACAUAACGGUCGUCUUCGAAGUCGACGACACCGGCGUCGGCAUCCCCCCCAACCGGCGGGAGACGGUGCUCGGGAGCUUCACCCAGGGCUCGCGGCACAGCGGCGGGUACGGCCUGGGCCUCGCGAUGGUCAAGAACCUGGUCGCAAUCAUGGGGGGCGCCAUCCGAAUCGAAGACAAACAGGGGCCCGGCAGCCUCUUCCGGUUCCACAUCACUCUCGAACUCUCCCCGGAGCAUUCCACCGAGCAGGACGCGAACGCGAGCUACUGCCCUACACCCAUAGCUACACCCAAAGGGGCGCCCCGAGGUUUCGGGGAACGGCUAGCCGGGCGCAAGACCGCGCGCGUCGCGCCGCGGCCGUCCGCCGGGUCUAACGUCAGCACGACCGACUACAUGCGCCAAGAGGUUUCCUUGCUCCCUCAGCUGGAGGGAAGCAGCGUCCUGCUGCUGAAGGGGGACUACGUCGGGCGCGAGGCGGCCGCGGCCUGGAUGGCGCGCCGACAUUUGAGGGUUUACGAGGCCGAGCGGUGGGGCGGGCUGCGGGAGACGUUCCGGCGUCUGCUCGGGAAGACCGUCCGGAGUUCCACCGAGGGGCUGGACGCGGAUGCGGACCCAUCAAUAGGACCCAUCAAUAAAGCUAGCCAGGGUGGCCCCGUCCGAAGGCCGUCCGAAAUAAGGAGCAGCGAGACGGACGAGAUGUCCAGCAAGAGCGUGUUGUCAGCGGGCGACCAGCUCUUCGGACAGCUCCUCGACCGCGAUCAGACUGACCGGGGCACUUCACAGGGGCCCAUUCUCCUGAUUCUGGACACUGCGGUCGUGCCCGGUUUCCCCUCCCCCGAGGCGCUCUCCAUCGCGCUGCGCUCGCUCAUGGAGGGCUACGAUCCGACGGCCGUGAACGCGCCACGUGUCAUGGUGGCGUGGCUCGUGUCGUUCGCGCUGCCCGGCGCGAUCUACGAGGAGAUGCGCUGCGCCGCCGGCUGCCGCAUCAUCACGUACGACGUCCUCCACCCGUCCCGCCUGUUAUCCCUACUAACCGCCAUGGUUAGCGAUAAUCCGAACCCGGAUUCGCUGCUGGGGAGUGCGCUCCCAGCCGCGCCUCCGGUGCUCUCCAACAAGGCGUCCAAGAAGGUACAAAAGUCCAAGAGAUCAAUUAUUUUGAACGAAGAGGAGAGGGAGGAGCUCAUGAUCCAAGCGGGCAUGGCGUUCGCCUCGACUCGAGGCGCGGUCGAUGAGAAGGGGCCGGACAGCACGGCCAAUCCAGCCGCGUCUGCAAACUCUUUCAGCGUGAAGGCCGCUGACAGUCUCCCGCGGAUACCCAACCCGAUUGCAAACGGCGUUACGGGAAUCAGAGCAACCUCUACUCUACAGCCAGUAUCAAGAGUUAUCCGUAACCCGGUUCCUAAGGGUGAGCCAAAGGAGAUAGUAAGCCCCGGGCAUGAGCCCGGGGGAGCGGACCUGGCGCUGGCGGGGGUCCACGUUCUGAUCGUAGAGGAUACGGUGAUGCUGCGGAAGCUGGCGACUACCAUCCUUACCAGGGUUGGCGCGAAAGUCUUCGCGGUCGAGAACGGGCGGCAGGCGGUCAACGCUAUCCUGACUGCGAUGGAGAUCCAGCUGGGCGCCCCGAAAGCCACCCCCUCGCUGUCCGAGUUUGGCCCCCCUGCGGACGCUCUCGCGGAGGCCCUGCGGACGUCCGGCUGCUUCGAUCUAGUUCUCAUGGACUGCCAGAUGCCGGUGCUGGACGGCUACGGCGCAACCACCGAAAUCCGGCAACUAGAGGAGGGCGAAAAAGUACACGUGCCCAUCGUGGCGCUGACGGCGCACGCCAUGGCCACGGACAAGGAGAAGUGCCUCGGCGUCGGGAUGGACGGGUACCUCACGAAACCAAUCAACGUGCCGUUGCUGGUGAGCACCAUCAAGAGCUUCGUCAAGCGGGAGGCGGCUACUUGA